CAUCUUGCCAUUCAACACCGAAAACGGCAAUGCUCCUCCUCUGUCGUGGAAAGGAUUUAGGGAGCACCUCGACUUGCUCCACCUUGAGGACUCUUUCAUUUGUACCGAGCAGAUGCAGACGCCUCCCACUUGGUUUGAAGUUCCCUUGCAAUCAGGCCUUAAAGGUAGAGUUCAAGAUAAAUCAUUGGUCUCCCUUUCAGGGUGCCAUAGGCUUACAAGCAGAACCAUAGGCUUCGUUGUCAAACCAGAGAGAUGGGAUUCCAAUCUUGCCAACUUCAGCAUCUCCGUUGUCCACUCUCCAACAUCAAGAGCCACACAUAUCGUAGCUCACAUGCUGCAUAAGACUGACGUCAAGCAUCUGCUGCAUCGACUACAGGCUCUCAAAGCAAUUGCAUGGCACCCUCUUCUUGUGCCACUCAUCCUAAUGGAACAGAGGAUAGAAAGCACUGCUGGGAGGCUCACCCUCAUGAGAGAUUCUCUCUACUCGGUAGAGAAGAGAACAGGAACUCACAAGAACUAUCACGAUAACAAACGCCAUCAAGAACUCAAUCACCAUGCUUACGGUGAAAAGGUUUGGGAGCGGCGCCACGAACAGGAUGUUGACUUUGAAGCUGCUCCGGGAAAGCUGACUUCCAUCGCUUCGGACUGCGCCAUGAUCGAGGCUAAAUGUCAUGUCAACGAGAACUUACUUGAUUGGCUACAAGGGCUAAGUGACAGCCUUGGUGAGCUCAACACCGAUGGCGAUUCAUGGAAGAGAGCAACGUCCUCAAUUCGAAUGAAGAUCUCAGCCUUCAGAACGUGGUCUGGUAAUAAUCGAGCCAGAAGCGUCUAUCUCGCAAAGCGAGCAGAGGCGCAGAUGCAAGCGUGUCUAAAUCUCAUGGCACAACGGGACAAUGCUCUGAACCUCAAAAAGACCGAAGCAGCACUUCGAGACAGCUCUGAUAUGAGAGCAAUAGCAUGGGUUACACUCGCGUUCCUGCCUGCGACGUUUGUGGCGACUUUCUUUAGUACUUCUUUCUUUAGCUUUGAGCAACAGGGUCGACAUGUAUCGAACUGGAUUUGGCUCUAUUGUGUUGUUACUGGAAUAUUCACAGUUGGUGUUCAUGUGGGUUGGGCGCUGUGGAUAAGGAAAGAGAGAAGGAUUUGAAGGCUGAAGUAAAGUUGUUAUCUACAAAUACUUAGAUUUCGAUUACUUUGGAGGAUAAUUUUGACCAUUGGGUACUUUAUCGCUCGACAUUGAGCUAAGCGGGCUGUUCCGUCCCUGGCGCUUCGUUACCACUGACACUCCCAACAUUCUCAUUGA